CACCAUCGAGGCGCAUCUCGGCUCAAGAAGGAGCGCGCCCCGAGCCGAAGAGUGCACGGGGAACGGACGUCCCAGCGACGGCGAGCUGCCCCUCCUGGUGGACGUCCGCAGCACUUUUGGCCCGGGCCCCCUCGGCGCCACGCCUCGACGCCGCGCGCGGGUGGCGGCCCGCCCCCGGAAAGAGCAGAGGGCCCUCGCGCUGCGGCAGUCUGCAAGAACGAGAUGGCCAGGGCGCGCCGCCUCCUCCCAGCAGGCGUGCUGGCCUCGCCUCCGCCCGACUGAACGCCUCCCCCCCCCCACCCCCAUGGGGGCUCGCCGCCAGUCCAUGCCGGCGCCAGCGGCCGCCGCCCGCGGCCGGGCAGGGCGGGCGCCGGAGGGCGGCCAGGGCCGCCGCAAGCGGGCGCGGCCCGCCAGCGCGCCCGCUUGCGGGGGGCGCCCGAAGAAGGGGCGGCGGCCGCCGGGGCCCGCGGCUCGGGCUCCGGGGCCGACCGAGGCGGUGUCGGUGAAGGUGGCAGCGCUGCGGUCGGAGGGCACGUACGAGGACCUGCCGGCCUGGCUGGCAGACACGGGGCAGAACCUGUACGUGGGCAGGCGCGGCCGGGUCUUCGUGCACGACCGCGCCGGCGCCAGCCGGCGGGUCUUCCACUACGCGGGCUCCAAGUGGCAGAACCCCUUCGUCGUCGGCAGGGACGGCUCCCGCGAGGAGGUGUGCGCCAAGUUCCGCGCCGCGCUGCUCGGCGGAGAGCUCCGCGACCCCGCCGACGGGCUACCCCUGCGCGGCAAGCUGGCCGAGCUACGCGGCAAGCGCCUGGGGUGCUGGUGCUUGCCGUCGGCCUGCCACGCGCAGGUGCUCGCGGAGCUCGCGGAGGCCGCAGCGAGCGCCUCCGACCGAUAG